AACACCCUUACCAGCAAUGGAUUUAAAAUUGCCCCAACUAUCACCGGGAUUGUCGGUCCGCCCAGCAAAAAGCUGCCGACUGGCCGUCCAGAAGAAAUCGAUGAUCCCACCCUUGUACAGGUGAUGUCGACCGAGACCAUCAACGCCGCCUCAUCCUCCUCCCACACCCGCUCUUACCGAUGUUACCGCUGCAGCUAUUCUUACCCCAUCAUAACAACCGCCGCCGCCGCCACUCCCUUAAGCUGUCCACGCUGUCACCACCGCCACCUCCUCCCUCCCCACACCACACCCUCGACCCCCACUCCGACCAUUGCUUCCUCCAUCAACCCUCCUAUUCCUCAGCCCCUUCCCUCCAACUCUCAAGCUCUGGAUUUCCUCGACUCCGAUUCCGAUUUCUAUUCCAAUUAUCCUUAUCCGGAACCGGAAGACUCGUUUUUUGAGUUCUUCUCGUCUAGUACCUCCCCGCCCUCUACUCUCGAACCGAUCGUCGACAGACUGCCCGUUGUAGAGGUCGCCCAUUCCGCUUCGUGUUCUAUUUGUAUGGACGAGUUUGAGCUCGGCACCGGAGCUAGUCAACUCCCCUGUAAGCACUUCUUCCACAAGGACUGUAUUGCUCCUUGGCUGGAUCGCAGCAAAACAUGCCCUCUAUGUCGGAGAAAAUUACCCAAUGAAGAAUCGGAGAAACCGCUCCACUCCAAUUGGGGAUUCGCUGUGGCGGAAAUAGAAGCUAUUCGUAUGGCUGAAUCUGAAUUGGAGAGGUGGCUAGCAAUAAUGGGAAGGGCUGAUUUUGAUGAUAUUAGUGGGUGGUUUAUUGAUCCAAUGCACGAUGCUGAUGGCGAUACUUUGAUGGUUGAUGCAGCAUUGUAGUGAUGAUGGUUUUGUAUAUGAUGUGUUCAGUGCAGUCAAAGUUUCUGAAAGUUUCACGUUCGAGCUAAAGUUAAGGUCAGAUUCUAAGUCUCUUGUAUAAGGGAUUGUGCUAAGAGGGUUUAUGGAAAGCUUAAAGAAGUUGUACAUCCAUUGGUCCAAGCAUGUAUGGGUACAUUAAAAAGGAGCUGUGUAGCUGCAAAGACCGAUUUGUUUGAUGAAAACGGAAUUAUUUCUUAUCCCAACAAGGAAUGUGGAACAUCUCGAUAUAAGGAAACAUGGGCUGGAGUGUGAAGCAUGGUGAAAGCCUAUCUACUUGAGCACAAUUUUAAAUAAGGAGCUUUGUUUGCUAGCUAACUGACAACAUUCAUUCAUGUUUACAUCACCCAGAUAACAAAUUACUUCAGUCUUUCCAAAUUUUAUAUAAAGAGUGCAUUUG